CUUUGGUCUCUUUAAGAGGGCAAACACCAAAAGAGACUUGUUAUUUGCAGCGGUUGGAUGUUUAAACAGUUCAUGGGCUUCACGUCCUCACCUCCCUGUUACAAUUUAAUAUGCAGGUGAGGUGACCACCACCUUCACUUGAUGCCCAUGCAUACAUCUAGAUACUAUACACGUAUAUCACUAUCUUUAUAAUAAAUACACAACAAUUCUCCUAUUCCAUUCUACAUCCAAAGUCUUCUACAAGCUACCCUACUAACUAUAUUCUCAUACAUUCAUGAUUCACCUGACUCUGCAACUUGUCUGUCCCUAACUUGCCGCGCUAGUGUCUAGGUUGACACGAAAAAUGAAAUUCGAAGACUUGCUAAUGCAACCAACAGAAGAAAAACAGAAGAGAGCUCAUCUGGAGGAGGAGGUGGAUAAACUGGAAGGAGAAUUGGAUAGGGAGCUGAAGCUUAACAAGAUUCUGCAAUGUGCAUUGCAAGGUCCUGUCCAGUCUUGUCCAUGUCUCUCUCCCGUGCUUCCGCUUCAGGUCCAGGGACUUCUAGCAGAACUGGCUGCUGUGGAAGAAGAGAUUACGUUGCUUGAGAGGAAAGUUGAUGAGCUUAAGUUGAGUUUGUAUCGGGAGAGGCAACAAACUCAGCUUGGUGAGGGGUUGCAAUUAUUAGAGCUGCAGCCACAAUUGAGUAAGGAGAAGCGUAAACAUUUACUUGGCAGAGAGGCGGAGAGAAUGGAAUUCAGAAAAUUUGGUUCACCAACCAGAUUACAAAGCUACAGUGAUUACAGAAAUCAUAGAACUUCAAAAGAAAGGAGGGAAUUCCUCCGCUCAUCCAAGGAUAUCCGGAGCAUGUCAUUAACAAUGUCCAACGGUUAUAUCACCGAGAGUUCAAGAUCUCUUGAGAAUAGUCUUUUAGAAGAAGAGAUUAGUAGUGAGAAACCAAAUGUGCUCUCUGAAGAACUUAUUAAGUGCUUGAUAGGCAUAUAUAUCAAGCUAAACCAGGAUACACUAGGUAGUGGAGGAUCUUCUAUGAUCCCUAAGCAUUCCUUAUCCUGUAUGAACUCAAAAGGCUUCUCAAAAAUUUCCUUCAAUUGUAUAGUGCCUACAUUUCCGUUUGAUGAUGACACAUUAUAUCUUCAACCUUAUGGCACAUUAAUAGGUUUUGACGACAGUAUAAGCAGCUAUGGUCCGUACAAAAAUUUCAUCCAGAUAACAAGCAAUUCUCUGGCGACCAACUGCAUUUCUGAAUGUUAUACAGCUAUGAAAAAAUUGAGGUUUUUGAUGCAUAAACUCUGCAACGUAGACUUAACUUUUUUGACAUACCAGCAGAAGUUAGCAUUCUGGAUCAACAUCUACAAUGCCAGCAUAAUGCAUGCAUAUCUUCAACAUGGCUUACCUUCGACACAUGAGAAACUUCUAACGCUGAUGAACAAGGCUGCUAUAAAUGUGGGGGGCAUUGUCCUAAAUGCUUUGGCCAUUGAGCACUUCAUUCUCCGGCAUCCAUCUGAUUCAGUCCAUAGCCCAACAGAUGAGAAGGAAACACUGGUACGUCAUGCCUACGGAUUAAAAUACCCUGAACCUAACGUUACAUUUGCUCUGUGUAGAGGCAGCUGGUCUUCACCAGCAUUAAGGGUUUACACGGGGGAUGAAGUUGUUAAUGAAUUGUGGAGAGCGAGACAGGAGUACCUAGAAGCUUCUGUAGGAGUUACAAGCAAGAAGAAGAUAAUGGUGCCAAAGCUUCUCCAAUGGCACAUGAGGGAUUUUGCGGAUGACAUGGAAUCGCUUCUAGAGUGGAUUUACAGCCAGUUGCCUCAGUCUGCUUCAGUAAAAGGGUUGGUAGGGGAAUGCCUCAAGAGUGAAACAAAAUUUCCUGUAACAAAAAAGGUUGAAAUCCAGCCUUAUGCCUCAGAAUUUCGUUACUUGGUGCCCAUGUAAACAAAUCUAUAGACUAUAGUAUAGCAAAAGAUAAUUUUUUUCCACAAAAUUUAUAUUACAAACAUGCUCUAAAAUUUUCAAGUUCAUGGGAAUCUACACUUUUCAAAGCAAACAAGGUUCUGACAGGGCCAUCUAAACAUCUACCUGUUAUUACUUAUUAGCAUAA